UCACUGCCGGUCUACGCAGGACGCAAAGUGAACUGGCCGAGAUUCGGCCACCCGACGAUGAGUUAAGAGUUGAGGGACGAAACAUCUCCAACGAUAACAACAACAACAACAAAAACAACACAUCAACAAAGCGCUUCUUGUGCCACUGGACACUGGAUAAACAUGCCUCUCUGACUUAUUCUAAAUGGGAUUGUUAUUGAAGUGCGCGAUUUAACCCGAUGCGGAAAAAAUAUGAUGGGGAUGAUUGUCGAAGUAAACACAGGAGAAAGUUUACUCCUUUUGGAAUAUGAAUGAAUAGUCUUGAUGCCACAACACAGCUAACUCACAGUGCACCAAGGCCACGAUAGACAGCCUUUGCAUACAGAUGUCUUCUCUCUAGCUAGCUAGCUAGGUGAUAGCGCUUAGCGCUAAGUUACAAUAGGCAGUAACAUUAUACGUUCAGUCGUGACAUUUAAUUGACAUGGCUAACUAGCUGGCUAUAUGUUUUUUUUUUUAAAUUUGAUCUACCAGGCUAACUAUCUAAAAUAGCAAUAUAGUUUGCCAGUUAGCUAACUAGCUAAUCGUUGGUUUAUCUAGUUAGAUAGAAACGCUUGAAAGGAAAGCCCGAGUUGGCUAACUAAUUAGCUAGCGCACUAGGCGAGCUAACAUAUCAACUAGCUAGUAAAUGAGACCGCUAACGAGUUGCUAGCCUAGCAUAGCAUAGCCUAGCAUAGCCUAGCUUAGCACUUUGUCCAAUUUGAAUCUCAGGUUAUCGCUAACUAGUUUAUAUAUGUGCUUUGCACUUCAAUUAGCUCGCUAACAGUGUAAGACAUGUUUUUUUUUUCUCUUUAUUUUUCUUUCUAGUUAGCAUUUCCAAACUUUGCUCGAUUUAGUGUACGGUUUAGCUAGUGUUUUAUAUAUAUAUAUAUAUCUCUUAGUUAGCUCAAGCUGCCUUUCCACCGUGCCUGGACUGACCGACCCGCACCAGGACACGCCGGGGCCGAUGCUGACAGUCCGGAUCACGGCAACAGUAAGGAGCCAUGCAGCCGCAACAAAUAUACGACUUUUCAAGUGACGAGAACAGUCACAAAUGGCGAGGCCUCUUCGUCCAAGCGUUGCGAAAGGUGCAGCUCCAGGUGCACCCCAACCUGUCAGCCACGGAGGGCGCUCUGCAGCACAUCGAAGAGCUGAUCCUGCAGCUGCUCAACAUGCUGUGUGUGGCCCAGCCGCGCUCUGUACAGGACGUGGAGGAGCGUGUCCAGAAGACUUUCCCCCACCCCAUAGAUAAAUGGGCCAUAGCUGACGCCCAGUCGGCCAUCGAGAAGAGGAAGAGGAGGAACCCUCUACUGCUCCCCGUGGAUAAGAUACACCCUCUACUCAAGGAGGUGCUGGGUUAUAAGAUAGACUACCACGUCUGCCUCUACAUCGUGGCGGUUCUAGAGUACAUAUCAGCUGACAUCCUGAAGCUAGCAGGAAACUACGUUGGUAACAUCAGACACUAUGAGAUCAGCCAGCAAGACAUCAAGGUGUCCAUGUGUGCAGACAAGGUCCUAAUGGACAUGUUUGACCAGGACGAGGACAUCGGUCUGGUGUCUCAGUGUACGGAGGAGCCUUCGUCGUCCGGAGAGCUGACUUACGACGACCUGGUGCGCCUGGAGAUUGCAGAGGAGCGCCAGUACCUGCGGGAGCUCGACCUCAUCAUCAAGGUGUUCCGACAUCACUUCCUGUUCAACAACAAGAUCUUUACGCCUCAGGAUGUGGAGGUGAUUUUCAGUAACAUCUUGGACAUCCAUGAGUUGACGGUCAAGCUGCUGGGCCUGAUCGAAGAUGCAGUGGAGAUGACCGCUGACGGUAGUCCACAUCCUCUGGUGGGCAGCUGCUUCGAGGACCUGGCAGAGGAGCAGGCGUUUGACCCAUACGAGACCCUGUCUCAGGACAUCCUGUCCAGGCAGUUCCACGAGCACUUCAGCAGCCUGAUGGCCCGGCCUACUGUAGGACUAUACUUCCAGUCCAUAGCUGAAGGUUUCAAGGAGGCAGUUCAGUACGUCCUGCCACAGCUCAUGAUGGUUCCUGUAUACCACUGUUUGCACUACUUUGAACUACUGCAGCAGCUGCAGGAGCACAGUGAGGAGCAGGACGACAGGGAGUGUCUGAAGCAGGCCAUCACCGCUCUGCUCAACCUCCAGUGUAGCGUGGAACGCAUCUACACCAAACACCUGCCCCGACGCAAGCCUGGUGAGCCCAUGUACCGUCUGUACAGUCGUCAGGUGCGCAGCAAGCAGCUGGCCAUCAAGAGGAUGAACGAGAUCCAGAAGAGCAUCGACGGCUGGGAGGGGAAGGACAUCGGCCAGUGCUGUUCCGAGUUCAUCCUGGAGGGGGCGCUCCUCCGCGCCGGCGCCAAACACGAGCGACACAACUUCCUGUUCGACGGCCUCAUGAUCAGCUGCAAGGCCAAUCAGAGCUCCCGACUCCCCGGUUCCGGAAGUGGGGCCGAGUUCCGUCUCAAGGAGAAGUUCGUCCUGCGGAAAGUUCGCAUCGUGGACCGCGAGGACUCGGCGGAGUUCAAACACGCCUUCGAACUCGUCGGUAAAGACGAGAACUGUGUGGUGUUCUGCGCCCGCUCGGCGGAGGAGAAAGGGUCUUGGAUGGCGGCGCUGGUCACCCUGCAGUACCGCUCCACGCUGGACCGUAUGCUAGACACUGUCCUACAGCACGAGGAGCAGGCCCAGCCCCUCCGCCUGCCCUCCCCCGAGCUUUACCGUUUCGCUGUGCACGACUCCGAGGAGAACAUCGUGUUUGAAGAUCGCGUCCAGAGCAAGACGGGGAUACCCAUUAUUAAAGCAGGCACGGUGGUCAAGCUUAUAGAGAGGCUCACCUACCACAUGUAUGCUGAUCCCAACUUUGUGCGCACUUUUCUGACCACCUACCGGUCCUUCUGCAAGCCCCACGAGCUCCUCGGCCUUCUGAUAGACAGGAUUGAGAUCCCAGAGCCGGAGCCCACCGAGGCAGACAAGCAGGCGCUAUGGAACGGAGAUCAGCCAAUGGCUGCAGAGCUACAGAGGUUCCGGAGGGAGUACGUCCAACCCGUCCAACUCCGGGUCCUGAAUGUUUUCCGUCAGUGGGUGGAACAUCAUUUCUAUGACUUUGAGAACGACCCUGAGCUACGAGGCAGACUGGAGGAGUACAUCAGCAGCAUUAUACAGCUACGAGGCAAGUCUAUGAGGAAGUGGGUGGAGUCUAUCAACAAGAUCAUCAAGAGGAAGAUGCAGACUCAGUCCAACGGGGUCAGCCACAACAUCACCUUCGAGAGCCCGCCCCCGCCCAUCGAGUGGCACAUCAGCCGCCUGGGUCAGACGGACUCCUUUGACCUCAUGACCCUUCACCCCAUAGAGAUCGCCCGCCAGCUCACCCUGUUGGAGUCAGAGCUAUACAGGGCUGUGAGGCCAUCUGAGCUGGUGGGGAGUGUCUGGACCAAAGAGGACAAGGAGAAUAACUCUCCCAACCUACUGAGAAUGAUCCGCCACACCACCAACCUCACACUGUGGUUUGAGAAGUGUAUUGUGGAAGCAGAGAACCUGGAUGAGAGGGUAGCAGUGUUCACCCGGGUCAUUGAGAUCCUCCAGGUGUUUCAGGAGCUCAACAAUUUCAACGGUGUUCUGGAGGUGGUCUCCGCCAUCAACUCUGUCCCCGUCUACCGGCUCGAUCACACCUUUGAGGCGGUCCCCGAGAGGAAGAAGAGGAUCCUGGAGGAAGCAGUGGAACUGAGCCAGGACCAUUUCAAGAAGUACCUGGCCAAGCUCAAGUCCAUUAACCCGCCCUGCGUGCCUUUCUUUGGUAUCUACCUGACAAACAUCCUGAAGACAGAGGAGGGGAACCCCGACUUCCUGAAGAGACACGGCAAAGAGCUGAUCAACUUCAGUAAGAGGAGGAAAGUAGCAGAAAUCACAGGAGAGAUACAGCAGUACCAGAACCAGCCUUACUGUCUCAAGGUCCAGCAGGACAUCAAGAGGUUUUUUGAGAACCUGAACCCGAUGGGCAGUCUGGGUGAGAAGGAGUCCUCUGACUAUCUGUUCAACAAGUCCCAGGAAAUUGAGCCUCGCAACUGCAAGCAGCCGCCACGAUUCCCCAGGAAGACCCUGUACCCCCUGAAGUCGCCGGGGAUCCGGCCGGUGCGCACCUCUACGUCAGGGACCCUGAAGGGCCACCCCGUACCCUUGGAGAGAGAGCCCCCCCACAAGAUCACCUUCAGGAGCAUCGCUGAGACGGAGCAUGAGACCUCUUCCGUAGCCUCGGUCCCCACCUCACCCAACACCCCCACCCCCCCGCAGUCUGCCACCUCAGACCUCAUCUCUGUCUUCAUGGAGCAAGACCUCUGCAACUCCUACGGUGGAAACUCCAUAUUCGCUAAUGUACUCCUCCCACCCUCAAAGGUCCAGUCAGUAUCGUGUGGAAGCCUUCACCAGCUAGGAGAGGACUUACUCAAACCCCCUCCACUUCCCCCUCGCAGGAAGGAUGCUUUCUCUGAGACCAAGUUGAGUUCCAGGUCUGACAGUCCUCCAGCCAUCCCGCCCAGGCUGCCCCCUCCUCUCCCCAGGAUCCAGCCCCGCGCCCCGGUCUACAAUAGCCCCAGCGACGGCCCCCUCUCCAGCCCCCCACCACCACCUCCCCGGGACCCCCAGCCAGACACCCCACCACCCGUCCCCCAGAGACCCCCAGAGAUCUUCAUCAACUACCCCCUGAACCUUCAACCUUCCCCUGUCGGACGCUUCCACUGGGACUUUGGCAGCUCCCCUUCGUCCCCCGGCACACCCCCGGGCACCCCCUCUCCCCGCGUCCCCCGACGGAGCUGCCCCCUCAGCGCCAGUCAGAACAGUCUCUGCCCUCUCCCGUUGCCCAUCAUGGCGCCCCCUGUGCCCCCUCGCCACAACUCCAACUCCUCCCCCCAGCUCCCCAAACUCCCCCCAAAGACCUACAAGAGGGAGCUGUUGCCGCCCCCGUUACAGAGCCUCUCAUUGGUGGAGGACACGGACACUAGCCAAUGAGGAGCCUUCUGCUUCUUUUGUUGUUAACAUGGAAGCCUUUGAGUUUCUCCACACAAUACAAACUGCAAACAAACUAUGUCCUACAUUAAACUAUGAACUAAUGACCUGCAUCAGACUAUGAACUAUGAACUAAUGACCUGCAUCAGACUAUGAACUAUGAACUAUGACCUAGAGCGGAUGAAAACAAAACAAACUAAUCAUGUUUUUUAAAGCUACUGAUCGUAAAGAAGACUUCGUUUCCAACCACACUCCAAACCACGCCCACUCAUCUCAUGCCACGCCUCUCAGGAAUCAGUAGCUCCGCCUUCAUGCCAAUUGAAAAUACACCACAGUGUGCCAGCCAAUGAACAAGUAGCCUCAAGACACUGAUUCAAACUCCUCCUCUCUGUGGGUGUGUGUGUGUACGUUGGUGUGUGUGUGUGUGUGUGUGUGCGCGCGCGUGUCACAUACCUGUACACAGCACAGCACAUGUCACUUGGUUUCUUUCUUGGUACAGACGUCCCACUCUGUGCUAGAGUGGACAGGACAGGACAAGACAGCAAGCUAUGCUCUGGUAGUUGCCCUUCUCCUACCCUGACAGGUUUUUCAAAAAUGUUUUUACCCCGGGUUCUCCAGCCUGUCCUGGUCCAGUUCGGUUCCCCCAUGCUCUGUGUUUGUGGUUCCGUUGUUCCAUUGGCACACUGUAGUGCUAGGAGCAGCAUUCACUUACCCAGGAGUCAGUCAGUCAGUCAGUCAGUCAGUCCUGUCCUGUGGCUCGCAGACUGACAGUCACUGGACCUAUUUGGACUUCACUGCUAUUUAAUGAUCAAACUUAUCAAUUGCUCUUCCCGCGGUUCUGUACCGCGGUUCUGUACCGCGGUUCUGUACCGCGGUUCUGUCCCGCGGUUCUGUACCGCGGUUCUGUCCCGCGGUUCUGUCCCGCGGUUCUGUACUGCGGUUCUGUCCCGCGGUUCUGUCUGGAGAAUCCUCUCAACUCUUCCCAUUUGUGUUCUGUUGUUCUCUAAUAAUCUCUUAACUUUUGUAGCCAAAGUUUUAUUUGAUGCAGGGGGAACAACUUAAGGGAUACAUUUUAUUUUUGAGGAAUGAUAAGACAAAACUAAAAAAAAAUGGGAUGCAAAUUAUAUUUCAUUCAUUCAGAACUGGCUGACUGAAAGCGUUUAGCAAAAAAAAAAAAAAAAGUUUUUUUUGCUACGGUGUGCGACUAUUGAAUAAACAUCCCCCCCCUGGUCGUAGCUACACCCUCUACUUCAGAUGUUAGCCUUUAAUCCCACAGCACUGACCUCUAACCUGAGUCAGGGAGCCAUUCAGAAUGAGGGAGAGAGACCGACGGAUGGACAUAUCGGAAGACAGAUUGAGUGGAGAGUGGAGUGUAGGGUAGGAUCCCCUUUUAGCUGGGGCAGGGCAGCAGUGACGUCUACUCGUCUACCCUCGUCAGUCACGUGAUGGAGAAGUCUGUUUGUGUCUGGACUAUAGAAAACGAUAAGAGGCCUCGAGUGGCCAAAAGGCUAUAUUAGCAUGGGCAGCACCAUUGAGGGCUUCCACAGUGCUUCCGCCAUUUUAAAGUAGUCAAGGUGGACAACUGGGUGGGGAUUCCUGUGAGUUGUUGCCUUAAUGGCGCUGCCCAUGCUGUCACAGAUGCUACAAUGGCACUGAUAUAAAUGAGUCCUCUAUCUAUCUCUGUGGAGCUGCCCAUGCUGUCACAGAUGCUACAAUGGCACUGAUAUAAAUGAGUCCUCUAUCUAUCUCUGUGGAGCUGCCCAUGCUGUCACAGAUGCUACAAUGGCACUGAUAUAAAUGAGUCCUCUAUCUAUCCCUUAUGUCUGGACAAAUCCCAGAUCUUGGGAAGAAGAGUAGGAUGAGUGACAACAACAUUGAGAUAUCUCAUUCUCGGGCCAGGGAGGCGGUAACUAUAGCAGCCAGACAUUUCUUUCUCCGGCCCCUUGAAGUGAUACUUUUGGGAUUUUUGCGUAGUGUAACUUCCCCAGAGUCAGAUGAUCUUGUGUAUUACCAUUGUUACAUCUCUGUGUCCAGCGUGAAGGAGGUUAGAGGUCGUUUCGUGAGCCAACGCUAACUAGCGUUUAGCGCCCAUGACUGGAAGUCUAUGGGUAUCUACUAGCACGUUCCUUUUAAAGCUAGCCCGGUCCCAGAUCUGUUUGGCCUGUUGGCCUACUCCGUUCUCUUAUGGCUAUUUGUCAUGUCGAUUCCAUAUGGCGUGGGCAAGAACUGACCUAUAGCCAGGCUAGCUGAAAGCCAAGAUGAUGUCUUAACCCAAACUAAGUGCCCCUAAAAGUUGUAUGCUGCUGUCUGUCUGUCUGUCCAGCACUAUCUGCAGCUCUACUACCAUCAUACCCAGUACUGUACCAGCCUGCGGUGUCGGUAUAGAAAUUCAGCACUGGACUCCUCAUACGAAGCAACCCCAACAAAUGGACAGUUGGCUCCUCUAGUGGACAUCUUGGGGACUGCUACACAGCUCCCCUAGUGGAUAGGAGGACAAACAGCUCCUCAAGCGGACAAACUGGGGACUGCUCCACAGCUCCCCUAGUGGACAAACUGGGGACCGCUCCACAGCGCCCCUAGUGGAUACGAGGACAAACUGGGAACAAGUGGCUGUUUCAGAUAUCUGGAAUUCACAUCGAGAAAAAGCCUCUAUUAACCAGAUGUCACUGUCCUCCUCUCUCUCUCUCCUCUCAAAUAUGCCAUUUCAUUUUAAAAUACUGAAAUAACAUGCAUCAUGCUCAGAUGUGCCUUUUUUGAUUUUGUUUUCUUUACAGAUUAAGCGAAAGGUGUCUUUUUUAAAAUGCUAUUAAAAUAACUGAUAUGAUAAAUAAA